CUCGCGGUCGCUUUGAGGCGCGCGCUGGCGGUCUUCCUUCGCUACGUUUACCUGAGGGACCCGCGCCCACCCACGGCCGGCGCCGCAGCCCCCCUAGGAGCCCGGCCCCGAGAUAUUUCAGUCAAGGGAAGAAAUAACUCUUCUCCUAAGAUGGAAUCUGUUGUUUGGGAAUGUGGUUGAUCAACUUGAUCUGUUGGCCAAGUGGUGCCCUAUGUAAUAAAAUGAAAAGAAGAGGCAAGAUGAUGUCAUUUUCCCAUAUUGUGAAACCAAAAACAAAUGCCUUUUGUGAGACCAAAUUAACAAACCUCUGACGGUGCAAAGAGUAUUUCUGUUUGAAGAACUUAACAGAAAGAUCGAAGAAGUACUUUCAAGCUGAGACCUGCAAGUGUACAGAGAUCUAACAUACAUAUUGAGUAGGCCUGAUCAUCUGAUUCUCAUUCAGUCAAGGAAGCAUGGCUGUGAGUUGGAUCGUCUUCAUUCUGUGGCCCUUGACUUUGUUUGUGAGGCAUAUAGGUGGGCACAGUUUGUUUUCUUGUGAACCUAUUACCUUGAGGAUGUGCCAAGAUUUGCCUUAUAAUACUACCUUCAUGCCUAAUCUUCUGAAUCAUUAUGACCAACAGACAGCAGCUUUAGCAAUGGAGCCAUUCCACCCUAUGGUGAAUUUGGAUUGUUCUCGGGAUUUCCGGCCAUUUCUUUGUGCACUCUACGCUCCUAUUUGUAUGGAAUACGGACGUGUCACACUUCCCUGCCGUAGGCUCUGUCAACGGGCUUACAGUGAGUGUUCGAAGCUCAUGGAGAUGUUUGGUGUUCCUUGGCCUGAAGAUAUGGAAUGCAGUAGGUUCCCAGAUUGUGAUGAGCCGUAUCCUCGACUUGUGGAUCUGAAUUUAGCUGGAGAUCCUACUGAAGGAGCCCCAGUGGCAGUGCAGAGGGACUAUGGUUUUUGGUGUCCCCGAGAGUUGAAAAUUGAUCCUGAUCUUGGCUAUUCUUUUUUGCACGUGCGUGAUUGUUCACCUCCUUGUCCAAAUAUGUACUUUAGGAGAGAAGAACUUUCAUUUGCUCGAUAUUUCAUAGGACUGAUUUCAAUCAUUUGCCUCUCUGCCACAUUAUUUACUUUUUUAACUUUUUUGAUUGAUGUCACAAGAUUCCGUUAUCCUGAAAGACCUAUUAUAUUUUAUGCAGUCUGCUACAUGAUGGUAUCAUUAAUUUUCUUUAUUGGGUUUUUGCUUGAGGACCGAGUAGCCUGCAAUGCAUCUAGCCCUGCACAAUAUAAGGCUUCCACAGUGACACAAGGAUCUCAUAAUAAAGCCUGUACCAUGCUUUUUAUGGUACUCUAUUUUUUUACUAUGGCUGGCAGCGUUUGGUGGGUAAUUCUUACCAUCACGUGGUUCUUGGCAGCUGUGCCAAAGUGGGGUAGUGAAGCUAUUGAGAAGAAGGCAUUGCUAUUUCACGCCAGCGCGUGGGGCAUCCCUGGAACUCUAACUAUCAUCCUUUUAGCGAUGAAUAAAAUUGAAGGUGACAAUAUCAGUGGCGUGUGUUUUGUUGGCCUCUACGAUGUUGAUUCAUUGAGGUAUUUUGUUCUUGCACCCCUCUGCCUGUAUGUGGUAGUUGGGGUUUCACUUCUCUUAGCCGGCAUCAUAUCCCUAAACAGAGUUCGAAUUGAGAUUCCAUUAGAAAAGGAGAACCAAGAUAAACUGGUGAAGUUUAUGAUCCGGAUUGGUGUUUUCAGCAUUCUUUAUCUUGUACCACUCUUGGUUGUAAUUGGAUGCUACUUUUAUGAGCAAGCUUACCGUGGCAUCUGGGAAACAACAUGGAUACAAGAACGCUGCAGAGAAUAUCACAUUCCAUGUCCAUAUCAGGUUACUCAAAUGAGUCGUCCAGACCUGAUUGUCUUUCUGAUGAAAUACCUGAUGGCUCUCAUAGUUGGUAUUCCUUCCAUUUUUUGGGUUGGAAGCAAAAAGACAUGCUUUGAAUGGGCCAGUUUUUUUCAUGGUCGUAGGAAAAAAGAGAUAGUGAAUGAGAGCCGACAGGUACUCCAGGAACCUGAUUUCGCUCAGUCCCUCCUGAGGGAUCCAAAUACUCCUAUUAUAAGAAAAUCAAGAGGAACUUCCACUCAAGGAACAUCCACACAUGCUUCUUCAACUCAGCUGGCCAUGGUGGAUGAUCAGAGAAGCAAAGCAGGGAGUGUCCACAGCAAAGUGAGCAGCUACCAUGGCAGCCUCCACAGAUCCCGUGAUGGCAGGUACACUCCCUGCAGUUACAGAGGAAUGGAGGAGAGACUACCUCAUGGCAGCAUGUCACGACUCACGGAUCACUCCAGGCACAGUAGCUCUCAUCGGCUCAAUGAACAGUCACGACAUAGCAGCAUCAGAGAUCUCAGUAAUAAUCCUCUGACUCACAUCACACAUGGCACCAGCAUGAAUCGGGUUAUUGAAGAAGAUGGAACCAGUGCUUAAAUUGCCCUAAGGUGGAAAACUUGUGUUGUUUAAAAAGCAGAUUUUCUUCUUUGCCUUUGCAUGACUGAUUGCCGUAACUCACUGUUAUGAUGCUUUCAGUCAGGUGCAGAUUGUGUCCAUUGAAAAGUAAACUUUUGCUUUUUAUAUUGCAACAAACUUGUAACAUCAAGGCAUCCAAAAUGCUAAGAAUUAUCGCAUAAAUAAUUCUUAUUUCUAGGUUAUGAAGAAAUAAUUAUUUGUCUGGUAAGCAUUUUUAUAAACCCAUUUGUUUUAUAUUUAGAAAAAUCCUAAAUGUGUGGUGACUGCUUUAUAGUGAACUUUCAUAUAAUAUCAACUAGUUGUGAGAUAACAUUCUGGUAGUUCUGUUAAUAAAACAAAAUUUCAGAAUUAAAGAAAUUUUCUAUGCAAGGUUUAUUUCUCAGAUAAACAGUAGGACUUUGUAGUUUCCUUUCCACUAAGUGAAAAAGAACUGUGUUUUUAAACUGUAGGAGAAUUUAAUAAAUCAGCAAGGGUAUUUUAGCUAAUAGAAUAUAAAAUCAACAGAAGAAUCUGAUUAGUCUAUUGAAGGCUCUUUUGAAAUUCUAUCAAAAUAAUCUUUAUUCAGAGAAAUACAGGAGCAGGAUUAGCAACGGAGUAAAAGCGGAGAUGGGCAUUUUUCCCGGUAAUUGUGCUGUUUUUAUUACUUUUGUAAAUAUUACUUUUACUGGCUGUGUUUUUAUAACUUAUCCAUAUGCAUGAUGGAAAAUUUUUACUUUGUAGCCAUGUUUUCCCAUGUAGUAGUAUUGAUUCCUAGAGAACUUCAUGUUCAGAUAUGUUCUGUGGAAGCAUGUAAUAGAAUAAGCAUCACACAUUAUAAGGUUUUUUGUGGUAACCAUAAUUACAAAAUGGCAAAAUGUU